AUGUCUGAUAAAAGACUUAUUAAUAAUUUACCAUAUUUUACAGAUGAUCAGAUGGUAAUAUUGAAUAUUUUAUUCCCAGGUUUAACUAAAUCAUAUGAAAAUUUAACAAAUAAGAUUUUUAAAUUAAUUUAUAAGAAAAUUAAAGAAUUUGAUAAUAAUAUUAAAGAUUCAGAUUUAUAUGAAAUUAUUAGAUGGGGAAUUUCUUUAAUUAUUACACAUUCUCUUGAAGAUAAAAAUGGUGAAUUAGCAUUUGUUCCACUUGCAACAAUAAUACCACAUGUACAUUUAAGUAGUGGUAAUAGUGAAUUUUUAAUUCAUAUUCCAACAAAUUCUUCAUUUAUAUGGCACUUUUAUGAAAGUCCAAAUAAUCAGAAUAUAAAAAUACCAUAUAUUAUAAAUGAAUCUAAAAAUCAAGAAAAAUUACUUGAAAAUAAUAAUACUAAUCAAAAUAAUAAUCAAGAAUUUUUUUUAAAAAAUAGUAUAAAAAAUGAAAUAAAUACAUUAAAUAAUAAUGAAAAUUUUAUAAAACUUUAUAGUUAUUAUGGUAAAUUAAAUAAUAUUAAAUUUUUAAUUCAAUAUGGAUAUAUAAUUCAUAAUAAUAUAUAUUCAACAACAUGGUUUUUAAGAAAAAUACCUUUUAAUAAUGAAAAUACAGAAAAUAAUAUGACACAAGUAUUAUAUGGUGCUGAUAAAAUUAUUUAUAAUUUAGAAAAUGGAAUAGAUUCAUUACCAAAUUGGCUAUAUAAUGAAAAAGUUUUAAAAGGAAAUGAGAUGUCAUAUCAUAUAUUUAAUAAAAAGAAAAUAGAAACUAUUAUAUAUAAUAAUAUAAAUAAAGAUUCUGAUAUUAUAAAUAAUAAUCUCAAAUGUGAUUACUCAGUAUUUAAUAAUGGUGCUGGAUUAGGUAUUGGUACUUUAAUAUUUAUUAAUAAUUAUGCAAAUAUAAUUGAUCCAAAAGAUUUCAUUGGUGGAAUAAAUUUGAAAGUAUAUUUAUGUUUACGUGAAUUAAUGUUUGGUCAUAUUAAAUUAUUUAUUGAAAAAGAGAAAUUAAUCACUAAUUUCAUUUUAAAUAAUUGUGCCUCAAGGGUUCAACAACUUACUCAAAUUAAAAAUAAUUUAAUUGACAAAUUUAUGUAUUAUAAAAAAAAAUUUUUUGAAAAAGAUUACUUAACAAUGUUUGAUCAAAUUAAUAUUGAUUCUAAAAAAAAACAAGAAAUUAGAAUUAAUAUAAUGAUAUUACAUACAGUACUUGAAGAAUUAUAUUCAAUGAAUAUAUGUUUAAAAUAUUUUAAAAAAUUAAAUAUAUAUCUUAAAAAAAAAAAGAAAUAA